AUGCGCUGGGAGGAGCCGGAGACCAGUGAUUCAACAAAGAACAUCCAAUCUAUUUGGUGGCUGCUGGGGCAGGUAGCGGCGCAGGGUAGGGCCACUGAAAUGACGGCGGUUUUCGGGGGCACGACAAACGAUUUCCGGACUCAGGCUCGCGCCUUUCCAGGUGGAAAUGAUUCUCGAGGUGAUGAUGAAGCCUCCGCUGCGGCGCGUGGGUACUAUCGGCGGAUAACCACAUCUGGUCGCCGGUUUUCGUCCCUAGAAUCCCACUGCGACCGGAAAUUCACGUAG